CUUGUUUCUCUUCCUCUUCCCGUGUCCUCUUGCUACAGCGCCGCCCCGCAAAGUGCGCGUGGGUGACCCGACCACGCGAAGCAUCCAGAGCUCUGCUCGCCACUGCCACCUCCAUGCCCCACUCCCACCACCUCCAUCUCGCCACCUCGAGCCCCCAACCCUAGCCAACCGGCCCAAUGCCUCCCCGUCGCCGCCUCCUCCUCCUCCUCCUGGCCCUCGCCUGCUCCGGCGGGGGCGCCGCCGUCGACACCGCCCCCGGGAACGCCACCUCGUCGCCGCUCGCCUGCUCCGAGCUGUCCCGCGUCUGCACGGCAUUCCUCGCCUUCCCGGCGGCCGGCAACGCCAGCGUGCUCCAGUCCAUGUUCGACGCCUCGCCCGCCGACCUCACCUCCGACCCCGCCGCCAGCCCGGGCUACGCCUUCGUGCGCAAGAACUGCUCGUGCCUCGCCUCCCGCACUUACCUCGCCAACACCACCUACACCGUCCCCUCCGCAGUGCCCCUCAACGCCACCGCGGCCCAAGUGGCGGUCGCGGCGUACGCUGGCCUCGCCGUUCCGCCGCCGGGCGGGGCGCUUCAGCGGCCGCCGCGCCCCGGCGCCGUGGUGGCACUCCACCUGAUCUGCGGCUGCUCGUCCGGCCCCUGGAACUACCUUCUCAGCUACGUUGGCGCCGACGGCGACACUGUGGAAUCGCUGUCGAGUAGGUUUGGGGCAAGCAUGGACGCCAUUGAGGCCGCCAACGGCAUGCCCGGACCCGACCCCAUCAGCACGGGGAAGGUGUACUACAUCCCACUCAACUCGGUUCCUGGCCAGCCUUAUGCUGCAAUGUCUUCUGCCCUCGUUCCUGCACCAGCACCCAUUCAAAAUACUUUGCCAGAAAUAUCAGAUCAUCAUUCAGCAAAAUUCCCUUAUGGAUGGGUUAUUGGGGGCAUGGGAGUUGCACUUGCUUUGAUUGCUAUUGCUCUCCUUGCACUUCUGAUGUGCAAAUCCUUCCACUACAAUCACCAAGGUUCAAAUAACCAGAGAAAGAGUCCAAACCAGCCUAUGCCUCAUAAUUUUCAACUACUUAAGAGUGGUAGUUUUUGUUAUGGUUCUGGAAGAUAUUUCUGCUGCCAAUUUGGCAAUGAGAAGCAAUCAAGAAAGGGUGGCGGGGAUCAUCAUAUCAAUGUUCCAAAAGGUAUGGUAGUAGACGUGUUUGAUAGGGAAAAGCCUAUUGUGUUUACAUAUGAAGAAAUACUUGCAUCGACCGAUCUUUUUUCUGAUGCAAAUCUGCUGGGACAUGGUACAUAUGGCUCUGUCUACUAUGGGGUUCUUCGAGAUCAGGAGGUCGCGAUAAAGAGAAUGACAUCAACUAAUACUAAAGAAUUCAUAGUAGAGAUGAAAGUUCUUUGUAAGGUUCAUCAUGCUAGUCUGGUAGAGUUGAUUGGCUAUGCAGCAAGUAAGGACGAGCUGUUCCUGGUUUAUGAAUACUCUCAAAAAGGUUCACUCAAAAACCAUCUUCAUGAUCCUCAAAGCAAAGGUUACACACCACUUUCUUGGAUUUAUAGGGUCCAAAUUGCUCUUGAUGCUGCUAGAGGACUGGAGUACAUUCAUGAGCAUACAAAAGAUCAUUAUGUUCAUAGGGACAUCAAAUCAAGUAACAUCUUGCUUGAUGGUUCUUUCAGAGCGAAGAUUUCAGAUUUCGGUCUUGCAAAACUGGGAGUAAGGUCCAAUGAUGCAGAGGCUUCUGUUACCAAAGUUGUGGGUACUUUUGGUUAUUUGGCCCCAGAAUACCUGCGGGACGGCCUGGCAACUGCGAAAUGCGAUGUUUAUGCUUUCGGGGUCGUACUUUUUGAGUUGAUAUCUGGAAAGGAGGCGAUUACAAAGGCCGGCGCAGUUGGUGCAAGUUCAAACUCUGAAAGGCGUUCCUUGGCAUCAGUUAUGUUGACUGCACUAAGGAAUUGCCACGAUCCAACGUGUGUGGGGAGCUUGAAAGACUGUAUUGACCCUAAUCUGAUGGAUCUGUAUCCUCAUGACUGCAUAUACCAGAUGGCUAUGCUCGCGAAACAAUGCGCCGAUGAAGAUCCUGUUCUACGGCCGGACAUGAAGCAGGCAGUGAUCACCCUGUCGCAGAUACUGCUUUCGUCCAUCGAGUGGGAGGCGACGCUGGGUGGGAACAGCCAGGUGUUCAGUGGUCUUGUUGCCGGGAGGUGAUGACCCAUCCUGCAAAGUUGGCUUUGCUUGCUUGCUGCUCCGUGCUCUUCGUGUGUUCUCCUUCCUAUGAUCUGCUAGAGGGUAUUCUCCCAUGCAUAUUGUUGUCCUAAAUAUCACUGGCCCCCUGUCCAGUCGAGCAAGCUGAGAGUAUCGAGCACAGUGAGAUAGAUAUUUCGUGGUUGGUCGUACAGAAUGUAACUAUGCAUGUAUACCUGAGCGCUUCUUCCGGUGUUACUUGGCUUGCUGUGCUGAAUCGCUCCUGCUUA